ACAAGAGUAAACAAAAAAAAAAAACAGUGUUAGGGACUCUUGAACACAACAGGCAGAACACACAAGAGAGAUUAAGAGAAUCAGAACAGGGAGAAAAAGUUUGAGAGAUAAAGCUGAAUAGCUGCUAUCGAGUGGGAGAAAAAGAGAAAAGAGGAGGAGGAGGGUGCAUCUGUCCGCCUCGCUGAUGAGUGUGAACAUUUGUAUGUGUGUGUGUGUAUGGGGGUUGUAUGAUCUUGGCGCAUGCGCCAGUACCUGGCAGUCACCCUCAAGACUGCAGAUAACUCUCCCUCUUCUAACCAUCACUCGUCUAAGCCUUUUCCUGUCCUUUUCUCUUUUUUUCAUUUUCUUCUUUUUUUUCUUUUUUGUUAACCUUGACUCCUAUACAAUCUUCAGCUACUUACCAUGCGUCUGGAUUUGACUGUGUUUGGGUGUGGAUUCUUAGAGCUGACAGAGGUGAGCUACAAUGUACUGAGGAUUUUGGGGGCUCGUCCGGGCAGACCAUUUUUAGCAACAGGCUCCUACUAAUCUCAAAGGAAUUCUUCUGUGCCUGGCAUGAAUAUCCUGAUAGAUUUGGACAAGAUUUUGAUCACUCUGAAGAACCUGUAGGACUUAAUGGCAUCUUGGGUCCUUCAUUGAAUCAAAGGUUAGCGGAAACUCCUGUGACAUCGUGCCCCGUCUGUCAUCUCACAACAGCUAGGAUUCUGGGCUCACUGAGGUGUUUGACUUUUUCACUUGUGUGGCUUCCUUAACUGCAUGCAGUGACUCUGUGGAGGGCGAGUGUGUGUUCGAGGGGGAUUACGCUGUCCCUCCUCUCCCGGUGACCGAGGGCAUGCAGCACAUUCGGAUCAUGGAGGGUGUGUCGCGCUCUCUCCCCUCCUCUCCUCUGCUGUCCCACCAGGCCCUCAACAUGCGUCUGCAGCCGCUCAAGAGACUGCCAGGGGAAGAAAGCCAGGAACUGGGCCCCCCUCCAUCUGUAGACGAGGCCGCCAACACACUGAUGACGCGACUGGGGUUCCUGCUCGGGGAAAAAGUGAACGAAGGGCCUGGUGAAGCACAGUACAGCAUGGAGGAACAAGAUGACCCUCAGAAUUUAAAUGUAUUACUGCAUGUCAUGUCUAAACGGAAGCGAUUUAGUCCUGUGGAGGAUGCCACUGCACACAUUCUGUCUGGCAAAGACAAACCAUGCCUUGAGGAGAGAUUCAUUAACUCUCAUAAAGGUAGAGGUGUGUUUGCUAGCAUGUCCAUUGACAAAGGAUGCUUCAUUCUUGAAUACCGUGGAGAGUUACUUUCCCAAGAGGAGAGCCAAACAAGACAGAAUAGAUACAAUGAAACAGAAAAUACCUUCUUGUUUGAGUUUGAUUGGAAUGGAAGGCAAUGGUGCAUUGAUGCCUCAAAAGAAGAUGGUUCACUUGGGAGACUAGUGAACGAUAAUAACAAGACUCCUAACUGUAAAGUGAAAAAAAUUAGUGUUGAAGGUAAACCACAUCUGUGUUUGUUUUCGGUUAAGGCCAUAGCUUCAGGAGAAGAAUUAACAUACAACUAUGGAGAUUCAGACUGGCCAUGGCGUACUCAGUUGAACCAAGCAGUCCCUCACAAUGAGGAGAACAUACCAUCAGAAGACAGUACACAUUUUCCUGACAAAAUAAACUGUCCCAAGCCAGCUGAACAGAUUGGGAGUUAUUUGUCUGAACCCAGGCCUUCAAAUAGUGGUCAAUCCACCGACCACAACAGUGACCAUUCAUCCACAGCCUCUGACAUGAUGGAGAACCAUUCUCAGGUGAACCAAGCAGUCCCUCACAAUGAGGAGAACAUACCAUCAGAAGAGGGUACACACCUUUCUGACAAAAUAAACUGUCCCAAGCCAGCUGAACAGAUUGGGAGUUAUUUGUCUGAACCCAGGCCUUCAAAUAGUGGUCAAUCCACCGACCACAACAGUGACCAUUCAUCCACAGCCUCUGACAUGAUGGAGAACCAUUCUCAGGUGAACCAAGCAGUCCCUCACAAUGAGGAGAACAUACCAUCAGAAGAGGGUACACACCUUUCUGACAAAAUAAACUGUCCCAAGCCAGCUGAACAGGUAGACAUUUUUGGUUUAAGUCCAGCUCUUGAUCUUCUGAUAAGGCGUAACAGGCAUUAGUAAUGGGAAUCUUUAGUCACCUCACAAGCAAAUUCGAGAAUAAUUCUUGAUCUACCCUUUUUCCCCCAUAUUAAUUAAUCAGUUUACUGACUUGAGAAUCUUAAAUUCCUUAAAUUUACAUAACCUAACAUAAGCAAUUAAGUAAUUUUAAAAAGUAUUACAAAUUAAAAAAUAAAUAAUUAUUAAAACAGUCGUAUGUUAAGUAGUUUUGGUCGAUAUGCCCAUUUUUCAGAUCGUCAUAUCGUCAGCCUGUGAGAUCGACGAGUUUAAUUGAACUGCUGCAUCAGCCAUACAGCGCUCCGGACCGCACGUUCAUAACGAGACCAACGCACCACCACAGAAACAAGAAUGAGAUGCAUUCUAACAUAACUGUGGCAUUUUAAGUCAGUGAGGGCUCGUUAAAAGAGUGCACAUAUAUAGGCCGUUCAGAUUACUUGUUAAAGUUGAAUGAAUUACCUUAUAUCUGCAGACGAUGUGCAUCUGUUUGAGGAUGCAGACUCUGAAACGGCCAAAACUAUGUAUUUUGCAUGCAUCACAUUAUAGUGCGGUGUGCAUGAAAAUAACAACAUGGCGGCAGAGCAAACUUAUCAUCCAUAGUGCUUCUCACAUAGUCCUUCUACCUCAUCACCAGAUAGUGUGUGUUAUAAGUUAAGUGAUCAGUCUUUAAGAGAAGGACUACGUGUGAUCCACUAUGAAUGAUAAGUUUCCUCUGCCGUCUUGUUAUUAUUUGUCUU